CGGUAAUGUACGUGCCAUGAACCGGAUGCACGCCUUUGCUUCACGUACACGACGUAUGCAUAGUUGCACCAAUCAGGACUACUGGCCGACGUCUAGGCGCAUUGUGUUGGUAAUUUCCAGUUCUUUCAAGCGUCGUGCUCUUCCACUGGUGUCUUUGGCCUCGAGGCAACUCUACCACACGCCUUGUGAACCGUUAAACCAACAUUCGUUUCGUCCACUAAUUUUCCUGGCCAGGGGUUGCACCCCAUCUAGACAAAUAAAUUAAAGAGCAAUGGAAAAAUAUGGCCAAACGCCAUAAACUAUCUCAAAGACGCUAGAAAAGAAAUAGAAAAUAAAAUACGGGAAUAAUGAUAUCGGAAUAAACGUAAUGAUAUUAUUUUUACGUGAUGGUAGUAAUAUAAUUUUUCCAAGGCAAAGAACGUACGAGUCACCCAAGUAUUACUUCACGAGCGGACAACAUCCGUAAGCACACUCGCCUGAAGGACACUGCGCAACGAAAUCAAUUUGUCCGACUCGCCUGUAACUUUGUCCCGGGAUAUUUUCAUCCCAGUGCCGGGUUCGAUUGUUUCGAUCGGCCCCGAGAGCCAUGUCCCCUCCGAAAGUAACGUCCAAGUGCGCGACAUCCAGUCGGGAAAUGGUCGAGCAAGCGGAGUGGUCGGUCGCGUCGCCGCCUCCGCGAGAAAGAAGGAAUUCUAACACGAAAAAGAAGCAGAACGCGGACGACAAGGUCGUCAGGUUUCGCUGUGACUUUCCCUCGACGCAGGUUAGGGUGAUGCUGGCGAGAGGAUGGGUCCAGGUAAUGGAAUGUCCCUUAUUCAUGCCGGCGACCUUAACGAGCCGAGGGUAGGAACUGGUCUCGGAUAUCCCUUUAAGGCCCUUGCCCGACGGACAAAACCGUGUUUAAAAGCGCAUAGGUUCGCCCGCUAUGGAAGAACGUGGACGGUGAUUAUGCGAAAAUCCGCAUUGUCCCCCACCCCCCGCCCCCCCCCGGCGUUGGCAACCACGGGAACCUUGAUCCUAGAUUACGAAUAGAAUGCUUAUGCAACGCGCGAUGGGGAACCAGACUUAAUUUCACCGACGAAAAUUGGCUUUUUCGAGAAGGAUGGUCGCUUCGAGGCCAGCCUGUUUUUUUUUUUUUUUUUGGAGGUAGUUAUUAGAGGCCAGGAUAAUUAAUAUCCGAGUCGAAGCCAGUGUAGGAAUUAAAAAAUGACGUCGAUGUUAUUCGAAAAGUAAAAUAUAAGUGAAUCAUCCAGUAAUCAAAAUUUAAAUUUGCACGUUUCUUCGUGAAAGUGUUAGUACUAGAUUCGUGAGGUCUUCCCGUUGAAAAUGAGCCCAAACACGGGCCAAUUCGGACUACCUUGGAUUCCACUAUCUCUUAUCAAUCUUAACAUGUCGAAUAUUCGAAAAAGUUAAAGUGAUCCAAAUAUAGCCGUGUUUGUACUCGAUUCAAUCGCCGGAGUUUCGUCAAUCCAUCCGUAAUGCUUUCACAAAAAUAUAUCAAGAAAAUAUAAAAUCUUGAUUUGAAUAAUUCCCAGCCCCUACUUUUUCCAAGGUAAGCGACCCUAACGACUUCGGCUGGCAUCUCUGGUGGUGCGAGACGAACGACGUACGUCAGGCCUCAGACUUGAAGCUCACUCCCUACCAGAGGAUACCCCACUUCCGUAACCAUUACGAACUGACGCGCAAGAACUACCUGUACAGGAACCUGAAGCGCUACAAAAAGUCGCUACUGAAAUCGACGAAGACCGACGAGGCGUCCCUAUGCGAUUCCAUGCCCUUAACUUUCGAGCUCCCCAACGACUACAGACUGUUCACGGAGGAGUAUCAUAAACAACCAGGCAGGUGACGAGCACGUUGGCGAUACAUUAAUGUAACGAUAACAUAAGAUAAAUAGACCGUGGAUAUUUAUGCGAAUCAAUACUUUCACCGAUGCAGAAAUAUAAUUGAAACUGAAAUCAACGUCUCGAAAGUAUGUAAACGUUUUCGUCGUCUAAAUUUCAGGAAGGAAAUUCGACCUGUCUUCUAAUUUAUAUAACACGUGUAUCAUUGUUGAAAAUUUUGUAUAUUUUUGCAUUUCUGCAUGGUCUUCUAGAUUUUCUUAUACGAAGUCAAAUAAGAACACUAAUCGUAAGAUGCAUGUAUGGGCCCAGUGGUAAACCGAUAGACUGCCAAUCCCGAGAACGAAUCUCGAACGAAGUUCGAAUCUCGCGUGUGCCAUUUUCGUUUUUAAUCCGUUUGAAUAAACUUUGUAAAUUUCUGCGACUAGGCGCCACGUGGAUCGUGAAGCCGGCGGGAAGAUCACAGGGCAGAGGUAUCUUCUUGUUCAGGAAGUUGAAGGACCUGGCCGAGUGGAGAACGAAAGAGUUCUGCUUUCCACUGCUGGAGACACACAGCGAGACAUUCAUCGUUCAGAAAUACGUGGAGAACCCGUACCUUCUGGCAGGAAGGAAAUUCGACCUGCGCAUCUACGCCCUGGUGACCUCGUUUCAUCCACCGAAGGUGUGGUUGGCUAGAGAAGGCUUCGCCCGUUUAUCAGCCGAGCUGUUCGACUUGGAGAACAUAGACGACAGCAGGGUGCACUUGACGAACAUGGCGAUACAGCUGAAGACGAACGUGGAGGACAAGAAGGAAGAGCUGAAGAAAGGUUGCAAAUGGGCCUUGACCAAGGUCAGAGAGUACUUGACCGCUCGUCACGGGGUGGACGCCGUUGAAGCGCUGUUCCAGAGGAUUGCUGGUCAGUCAGGUCUAUUCGCGGUGGAUGGUUUACCUACUAGCUUCUACCUGAGCGAGGCAAUCUUCUCUUUUAUCGUAGGUGUGAUAAUGGCCAGCCUGCUGGCGGUUCAGCCCGUGAUAAUGCAAGGAAGGAAUUCUUUCGAGUUGUAUGGCUACGAUAUUCUUCUCGACGAGGGUCUCACACCCUGGUUGCUGGAAGUGAACGCCUCGCCAGCCUUGACCGGGACCGACAGCGACGAUUAUCGGCUAAAGUUCGACCUCAUCGACGACACGCUCAACGUUCUCGACAUCGAGGGUCGAUUCUCGGCCAGGGAAACGAGAAUCGGCGGCUUCGACCUCCUGUGGAACGACGGCCCCGUGUGGACCGCUUGUCCUAAUCCCUCUAUCUGCGGCGAGCCGCCCAAUGACCUCAGAAAACUCAACAUUUACCUUGGGGCUCGGAACGACCGCGUCGGACAGUUACGUCAGCUUCGCAACUGCCUGAACGGAAGACGCAAUAAAACCGCACGGGUGGCCACGGCUGCCAACUGCGUACGAAAGAUAGCUCUCGACAAAAAUUGAAUUUUUUUAAACAGAACUCUGAUUUUUCUCACGUACCACAAGUUAGGUUUGAUUCGUGAUUUUUAUCCGACGAGGAAUUUUACACCAGGGAUAGAGACUCCACACAGAGGAGUCGGAAAUGUUGUUUUUGCACGGUGCGUCGACGUAAUGGUCGGCAGAUUAGCGUCGUUCGCGGCUCUCCUUAAAAUUAACGCGAUUUGCGGUCGAGUUUCGUCUUCGCGCGUUGCACGGACUGGAUGGGGGAAUCAGCUUUGCGCAAGAACGAAAAGUGCGGCGGGGUAAAAUGCGAGGAACCGUACACAAAGUGUUCCCUUUUCAUUUUUACGAGACCGGAGGUUAUAAAACGAUCGAGGGGUUAAAGUAGGCAUCGAAGUCCCACCUGUAAAUGGUAUUUUCAAACAUUUUUCAAACGAACCGAUGAAAACCAACAUCGAAACAAAUUAAUAAUAGAAGUCAAAGAAUUUCUUUUACCGUAAAUAAUUUGCAACCAGGCACUCGCUGAAACGAUGACUCGAGUUUUACAAAUGGUUGCGUAAUGCUAUACAAUCAGUCGAAAACCCGGUUUGUGAAAUGCUCCGUUCUUUCGAUUCUCUCAAGCUGCAUCAUCGCGCACAAUGGCAGGAUAUCAGUUUCCACCGAUUCCCAGGUACAAAGCAAAUUCGUCGAAACUCUUGCACAGAGAAUCGCCAGUCGGUUAAAAAAUAACGUGCCUUUGCAGCUCGCGUUUCAAUUCCAAUUCAAGUAUCGCAACAAACCGGCGCAACCGUUUUUCCCUUCACGGGAAAUAAAUUCUCGUUUCCGCUCCGCGAAACGUUCGACGAUUCGGUUUGAUUAAAGUAGCCAUUUCCAGUGGAUGCGCGGAAUGUUAUACAGCAUGUAAAAGUAGUAUGUCGAUGUCUGACUAUCGUGGCAUCAAAGUUUAACAAAAAAAAAAAAAAAUUAUUUUUAUUAUUAUUAAAACGUAUUACUUUCUUAACGCCGCCUAGUCACCUUCAGCGAGUUCAACAAAGUCGUCUAAAUAAAGCAGAAAUAGGGGAAUAUCGCGACGAUGUUCCCAGAGUCCCCCUGUUGUGUGCAUUUACACGUGCACGGAGCCAUCGAUGUUUCAGGGAGUAAACAACAGAUAAGGAACUAUCCUCAGUUUUACCCCGAUAGGUUGGGAAUGUCUUUCGAAAGUUUUUCAAGAAAGAAAAAAAAAAAAAAACAAAGCAGCCCGUGCGCAAUUUUUCACAGUCACGUCACGCGAAUCUUUUCUUUCCAUGCAACGUUUCCGACAUAUUUUUCUUCCGUGCAAUUUUCCUCGGACUCCUCGACGCGAAUCUUUUUUUCCACGGCUCCGUUGCAAUUUUUCUCAGACAUUUCGCACGGCCGUUUCUUUUCUCCUCCUUCUGUCCAAUUUUUCUCGGAUCUCGGAACUCGGUCCGACCCGUCGGACUCGACGCCAUCGAAAUCUCGUUUUUCUCGUCCGAUUCAAUUUCAUUGUAGCUACGUGGCAACAGCGGCUGCGGCACCAACUGGCUGAGACUAACGAGCACGAAUUUGCUCGAUGCCGUGCGCCUGGCGCAUAAAUGUAUAUGCAUAUUCAUACGAGGCUGCACACGGUCAUGCGCCCACCGUGGGCAGCAUAAUCCUUCCUCUCCUGCCCCGCGACUCGUUCCACUUCCGUGAACCUAAUUUUUUCCGAUGGGCGACGGAAAUUUUCAUGAAAAAUCGACCGGCGUCGUCGCUUUCGCGCGAGCGAGACAAAACUCCAAGCAUAGGAUGUAAACAACGGCAUAAAACGAAGGUGCAGUCACGUUCGUAACAACGACGGCGAUACCGACCCUCUGUCGUACGCAAUAACUGUCUCGAAAGUAAAUUAUGAAGAUAUCCUCGUGGCUCGCGACGAAGGACGAGGGUUCGAUGAUGUAUGCCUCGCACGAAACGAAACACGAUACGGGGCGUAUAUCCCGCGCCGUGUUACAGAAAACAAAGUUGACCUUCGACUCUCCUCUACACUUCAGAGGGCAUAGAUGCCUUGGUAACUCGUACGAAGCUUCUAAAUGAUUGGUAACUCGUACGAAGCUUCUUAAUUAUUUAUUUAUAAGGGUCGCAUUAACAUCAGGGUCGUUAGCGACCACUUUGGUGUACAGUUAUACAUAUGUAUAUAUAAACAAACAGCGAAUAGUACAGCGAGUUACAUUUUGUAAUACAGAUUUACAUUUUUAAGAAAAGUAAGGAUUUCAGUACUGUUUUCUUUUAUCAUUGGAAUUUUAUCAUUUUUUUUAUCAUUCACUUAGAUUAUCGGGUAUAUUAUGGGUUAUCCGUUGUGUUGUGAGUGCAGGACAGCUUAAAAGGAUACGUUCUACAGUUAACGGUAUAUGACACGUGUUACAUAAGGUUGGUGGUUGUUUUUUGAUUACACGAAGGUGCGUAAUGUUUGUGUGUCGAAUUCUGAGUCUUGUGAAAACUACUUGAUCUUUUCUAUAAAGCGAAUUUUGCCCGCGAUACAACGCGAUGUUCCUUUUAAAUCUUCGCAUUUCCAAGUAUUUGGAUUCGUAAACAAACUGUCCACUGCAAAAUUUGGGUCAUCGCGCUUCGGACGCGUCUCUAGCGAGACGGCGAGCACAUUCGUCGGCUUGUUUCGUUGUUUAUUCGCGGCCACGAUAAAAUAAACGAUCCCGUGUAAUUACGGCGAUAAAGAGAGCCGAGGAAACAGUUUUUCAUGUCGGCCAGAGAUCCCCUCCGACCCGGAAAAUUGUUUGUUCGUCCGCGCUCUCGACGGCUGAACUUAUUAAAUUCGUGAAACCGUGUCGCAACCACGAAAGAAUAUGCAGAGGGGUAGGAGGCAAUGUACUCUCGCUUUUACGCGGCCUUUUCUCGUCGUCCGUUCCCCCCUCGCUCUUCAACCGGGGACUAAAUUUAGCGAAAGAGUCGUAUAACUCGGUAAGCGUGCUCGUAUUAUCCUGAUUCUUCCAGGCAACGGCGAGUAAACUCGUUAAAAUGUUACUUCACCAUUAUCGUUUCCACUUCGCUUCCAAACGGUGCUGCUGCCCGCCGUUUCGUUCCGCUGCGAGACAUUUCGCUGCGUGUAUCUUUUCCGAAUCGUUUCAAUCGCCGGAUCGAUUUUUAUUCCCAACGUUUAUUCAAUGGACCCGUUAAACCACCGCUCGGGAAACGUAAAUUUAUUCUUAGAACUGCAUACUUUCUUUUCCUUUACGGUACGUAUUAGGUGUAGAGAUAUUAAUCUUUUCGAUUAAAAUAAUUUUCGUUCGUACGAUUAGCGAUGCACAAAUCGCAACCGAUUUCCUAAGUAAUAUUCGUAGGAAUUGUUUUCAAAGGAUUCCCAAUCGAAACUAAACAAAAAGAUGAUAUCGUCGAGCUUCUUUUUCGAGCCGUCCAUCCGUAUAUAACCUACUAAUGGAAUUCUUCGUCCUCGAUAAAAGUCAGCGUCUAAGUAAUUCGUGUCGUUGCUAAAAAACGACUUGGCCGUGUCUAAAAAUACCGUGACAUCCCGUCGUCCUCCCGGUACCUUCGACUCGUAUAAAAAUGGCUACCCGCGGAUACGUGAACCGUGAACUGCACGGAACAUGUUCAUCGACGUUUCCAAUAACGUGCGAGCGCGCAACGAGAACGUCGAAGGAAUCUUGUCGCGUGCGCGCGCGCAGGAAUCCUACGAAUCCGAUAUUCUCAGAGGCUGUGAUCUUAUUAUCAAUGUAUACGACGAGGAUACCGCGCUCGAUACGAUCAAACGAGAGCUAGGAAUGGGGAAACAGGAAUUGAACCUCCGAUACCUGCGUGACUUCUUCUUUACUCCCGACACCGGGCCUUUUUAUUCGAUACUUUAUCACUCCGUGUGCAUUGUGGACGGAACAAUGUUGAAUUCUGCUCGAAACUGGAGAAACAGAUGGCUGGGUCGAUUCUGACCCAUUACAGAACUUUACAAAUAUGUAAUAGGGUGCAUUUGGUGUAGUAAUAAAUUUUCUAUCUUUAAUUAUCUGUAACUCUGGCUUAAACAGAAAUAUUUGCUAGCCAUUUUGUUAUAUCGAAGUGACAACUUUAAUAUCAAUAAAUGGAAUACUUUAUCUUCUUUCUAAAGGUCAAGUUAUCAUUCGGACAACAAAUUAAAUCAUAUCGAGAGCCCAGGUUUGCGUAGAGAAACGAAAAGUUCGCGAUGAACGCAAAGUAUAAAUCGUCGACGCAGUGCGCAGAAAUAAUGAAUAAUUAAACGGUAAUUGGAGCACUGGAAGAAAAAGGGGACCCUGUAUCCCUGUUAUAGGCUGUUUGGCAUCGAUAAUUCGAUUGCCAAUUAAAGCUCAAUUAAUGCCGUUCGCGCGCGCGCGGCAACGUCCGUUUAAUGACAUAAUAAAACGAAACGAUUAAUUAACAACGAUUGGCCAGGUAUUUCGAAACGGAGAAAUUCGAAUUCUGAAUACGCAGCGAUUCGACGCAACACAUGUAUUUAAACGUUAACUUUAGACUACGUUUCGCCUGUCCCAAACAGAUCCAGUCUCGUCCAAACUCGACGUCAGUCUCGUUUAAUUUCAAACCGACGCUGCAUUUGCCUGGGACGAUAAAUAAUCCGCGGCCAAGUAGUUGCGGUCAAAUCUGAAUACAAUUUACGUUUAAAUGUGGCGAAUUCUGCACUCGAAAUGCAAACCAGAUACAGUUAAUUUCGUAUGUAACCUUCGCGGUAGCAAACUGCUG